GAACAAUAUAAUACCAUAGCAAUACAAGAAAAAAUUGAAGAGAUCGAAAAGGAGUUUGACUUAGUUAUAGUAGUUCAGCACAUAGAGGAGAGCCUGAUUUUGUUGACAGAAUGCUCGGAUUUAACAAUUGAAGAUGUAGUUAUUUUGAAAUAUGCAAAUGUCAGGAACUUUAAAAAAUCCAAACCAAUUUUAACUCCUAAUGAGUACGACAACCUCAUCCAAUGGAACUUAGCUGACACAAUGAUAUACAAUCAUUUCAAUAAAACUCUAUGGGAAAAGAUUGACAAUUUUGGCCGUGGCAAAAUGGACAUAAAGAUAAAAGAACUCCGAAUGGCUCAAUCAAUAAAGCAGAAAGAAUGUGACUCUGUUAAGACGAAACCUAAUUUGAAAAGAAUAGAAGAUUUGAAAAUAAAACAUGACUGUAUGAUCCAAAACCUAAAUUAUAUAGGUGCUGAUAAAUACUUCAGGAAUAAGAUGACUGAGAAAGGAAUCUAUGAUAUUGAAAGAGCUCAAAAAACUUGUAAAUAUCCUCCAGGAAAACAUGGGGAAUGGCGUGAAAAUGUGAGCAAAUAUAAACAUUUAAAAUCAUUAAAUAUUUAAGCCCUGGCCUGGACUCAGUGCAUUGUGGACUGAAUCAUAUUUUUCUGAAGUUGUUGUUUUCAAAGAACAUGACCGUGAAGAGGGAAUGCAAAGUUUAGGAAACAACGCCUGGUUGGAAUGAAUCAGCCACAAUGCAUCAAGUCUCGGGCUUAAAUUCUUUUCACACAUUGCAAAAUAUUUUCUAUGAAAUCACCUAAAAGAUACAAAUUCACGAAAAGAAC